AUGGCCGACGAUGCGACUCGCGUAACCCCUCAAGGCGGCAUCUUGGAAGGUGGGAAUCCGUCGCAGUAUGACAAGAAAAAUCCCAUCGUGAUAUUCAUCAUUCAGGCUAGCAUUAUCAUCAUCUUGUGUCGGGCGCUGCACUGGCCGCUGUCCAAGAUUCGCCAGCCUCGGGUCAUUGCCGAAGUGAUCGGCGGUGUCAUACUGGGCCCAUCGGUCAUGGGCCGCAUCCCAGGCUUUACAGAAGCCAUUUUCCCGGAGGCUUCGAUCCCCAAUCUGAACCUGGUGGCAAACCUUGGUCUCAUCCUGUUUCUGUUCCUCGUCGGCCUAGAAACCGACCUCCGCUUUUUGUUCAGCAAUUGGCGCGUGGCGGCCAGCGUGUCGGCGGCGGGAAUGAUUCUGCCGUUCGGCUUUGGAUGCGCCAUCUCCUACGGCCUGUACAAUACCUUUCGUGAUGAGCCCGGUACGGUCCAGAUUAACUUCGGCACCUAUCUGCUCUUUAUCGGUAUUGCCAUGGCUAUCACCGCAUUCCCCGUGCUAUGUCGAAUCCUCACGGAGUUGAAACUACUCGGCACCAACGUCGGUGUGAUCGUGCUGUCGGCCGGUGUCGGCAACGACGUCGUGGGCUGGAUUCUCCUCGCCCUCUGUGUCGCACUGGUGAACGCAGGGUCUGGACUAACAGCGCUGUGGGUUCUGCUCGUUUGUGUGGGAUACGUGCUGUUUUUAUUCUUUCUCUUCCGGCCGCUGUUCUUGCGUUUCCUCAACAAGACGGGAAGCCUCCAGAAAGGCCCUAGCCAAUCGGUGGUAGCGGUGACCCUUCUGAUCGCGUUGGCUUCCUCCUUCUUCACUCAAGUAAUCGGAGUCCACGCGAUCUUCGGUGGAUUUCUCAUCGGUCUCCUCUGUCCUCAUGAGGGUGGGUUCGCCAUCAAACUAACGGAGAAGAUCGAAGAUCUCGUGGCUGCUCUUUUCUUGCCUCUUUAUUUUACCUUGUCUGGUCUUCAAACCAACCUGGGAUUGCUUGAUACUGGGACAGUAUGGGGAUACGUGGUCGCCGUGAUCGCGAUUGCAUUUAUUGCCAAGGUCGUUGGUGGCGCAUUGGCGUCCAGACUUUGCGGCCUUCUCUGGCGGGAGAGCUUCUCUAUCGGCGUGUUGAUGAGUUGUAAAGGUCUUGUCGAGCUAAUUGUCUUGAAUAUCGGCCUACAAGCCAAUAUCCUCAGUACUCGUACCUUCACCAUGUUCGUGGUCAUGGCGCUCGUUACGACUUUCGUCACGACCCCGUUGACGACAGCUUUGUAUCCGAAGUGGUACCAGGUCAAGGUUGACCGCUGGCGCCGUGGUGAGAUCGACUGGAACGAAAACCCCAUUCAAUCCGAUUCGCGCGGUAACAGCGUGGCGCUGGCCAAGGAAGAGCUUCAAGGCACGACUGUUCGACGACUGCUGGUUUACUUGCGGCUUGACGGUCUAUCCAGCAUUUGCACGUUAGCCGCCCUCCUGGGGCCCAGCCGUCUUGCUCAGCCUCCUCUCCCCAAGAUGCAUCCAGACAAGAGAAAGUCCCAAACAAUGUCUCCAGAACCAGCGGCGGAAGAGUUGGCCCCCACGGAGGUCGAGGAAGCCCCUGCGCUCCAGGUGCAUGGAGUUCGGUUGAUGGAACUAACGGAUCGUGAUUCCAGUGUCAUGAAAGUAUCGGAAAUCGAGGAAUAUACGCUAUGGGAUCCCGUGGUCAACACUUUUCGCGCAUUUGGCCAGUGGCAUGACAUGUCGAUCAUGGCUGGUGUCUCCGUGGUGCCAGAGCAUUCCUAUGCUGACACAGUCGUGGGAAUGGCGCGCGAGGAGUCUAGUGACCUUCUUCUCAUUCCUUGGAGUGAGACUGGUGGCAUGAGCGAGCAUCAAACCGGACUCGGUAUUGAUGAAGCGAGCCGUUUCGCUAAUGGCCCGUACACCGACUUCGUAUCCAACGUGAUGCGCCAGUCGUCAUCCAGCGUUGGGGUUCUGAUUGAACGGAGUAUCUAUAGCCGUCGUACUCGUAAAUCUCUUUUCGCGAAACGAUCGUUCAGCGCCAUGAGUGUUCGCAGCUCCGUGUGGAACAGCGCGCCACCAGCAGCCGCACGCGCUCACCAUAUUGUUUUGCCUUUCCUUGGUGGAGACGAUGAUCGAUUCGCGCUACGCUUCGUGAUGCAACUCGCCCAGAAUGACCAGGUUACCGCCACGAUUAUCCACAUCGAUGUGGCGCCGUCUCCACCUCAGGCUCCAGAGGUGCGCCAGAGUUUGCCAACUAGCACCACGCAGGACAAGUCUUCCAGUCAGGUGUCAAGCACCCUCCCAGGAUCCGAAUCAGAUUCUAUCUAUUUCAGCGCCAUGAAGGACUCCCUCUCGGAAGAGCUGACCUCUCGGAUCGUCUUCAGACGUGUCAGCGCAUCCAGGAGCAGCACCGACGCCGUGGGUGUCGCGGUGACUGCCGUCAAAGAAGAGAUGGGUAAGGUCCCGCAAAAAGCCGGCAACAUCGUUGUGGUGGGCCGACGCAACAACCGAGUGGAUCUCAGUGACCCCUCUGCAUCCUCGCAGGAAGAGGUUGGCGCCGAAGCCAGCCGGGUUCUGGGACCGGUUGCACAGGCAAUGGUCCGUACAGAGAACCGCAUCGUUGGUGAUGUUCUUGUUCUGCAGGCUCGUACGGGUGCCGUGGGUGCCCGGUAG